GCGAGCUUCGAUAGAAAAGUGAGCGGCGGCGCGCCGGCUUGGAAGGGGAGAGAAGAAGAGGAGAAAGAUGGGGAAGACGCCGGUGAGGAUGAAGGCGGUGGUGUACGCGCUGUCACCGUUCCAGCAGAAGGUGAUGCCCGGGCUGUGGAAGGAUCUCCCCGGCAAGAUCCACCACAAGGUCUCCGAGAACUGGCUCAGUGCUACCCUAUUGCUUACCCCCGUUAUCGGCACCUACUCUUAUGCUCUGAACUCUAAGGAGAAGGAGAAGCUGGAACGCAGGUACUAAGGACGAGAUGGUUUUUGGUUCAUUUGUUCAGAAAGGAGUUCUGAAAUUUAUUUUGCAGUAUCUUGAGUUGUCGUCUUUUUAAACAGAAAACUCACCUGGUGUUGCAGAACUUAUAUUGGUUUUGUUUAAAAUAAUCGAGAAUGUGAAUUCAUUAUACUAGUAUAUUGUUACAGUUUCUGAUAUAACUAUGGGGUUCUGCAAUAUACUAAGCUUUCUUCUUUUGA